AUGUCACUCACUCUGAAGAUCUCCUCGUUGGUCAUCCGCACCCUCUCCAAACCUAUCGCCAAUCAAAUCAAGGGCCAAGCUCGCGAACAUGAGCGCUUCCGCAAUGUCUGCGUCUCAAUGGCCCAAGCCCUACAUCGCUUCGACAUGCGCCUUCGACUAGGAUCCAUUCGCGACACUACCGCGUCCCGAAAACAAGCCGCCGCCGAAGCCGAAGCCAAGAAGCACCUCGCCAAAAGCCCGACAGUUAAGACCGAAGCCGCGACGAAGGCCGAGCAAGAUGCGUUAGACAAGGCCAAAGCAGCAGCUGAAGAGGCUGCGAAACCCCACCACUACCGAAUCCGACCCCUCUCCGAAUCCAAGGCCAUCGAGUCCGGUGCCAACUUUAUUAGCGAAAGUUUCCUGUUCCUCGUGGCCGGAGGAUUGAUUGUAUUUGAAUCCUGGCGAUCACGGAAUAAGGAGAGUACGCGCCGAGAAGGGGUGGAAGAUCGUCUUAAUGCGCUGGAGAAGAAGCUCUCUCUCUACGAGGAGAAGCAUGGCAAACUGGAUGUUCCGGAGGAUACGCCUAAGGCCCAGCCUGAAGACAGCCUGUGGACACGACUUACGUCGUACAUUUCUUUCAGCAAAGAACCGACCGGCCCUCAACAGACGGCGGCUGCGGCGGUGAAGCCAGAAGAGACGACCGAGUCUAAGACUGAGGUCUUGAAAUCGACAGCGCCUCCGACUGCCUCGUCCACUGUUCCCGUUCCCAAAAAAUAG